AUGGUUCCUCUAUUAACAGCCUUUUCAGACUUUUGUGAGCACUACCAGAUCGACACAUUCCCGGACUUCAUCAACACAAAGCUCAUGUACCUAAUGCCGGACAUCGUCGACAUGCCCGAGAUCAGCGUCGACCCAGCAUCCCUUGUUCUCUAUUACAGCGUGCUCUAUCACGGCUCUUUAAUGAUUUCUGAUGAAACAAGACGGCAAGAAGGGACCUUGGAACAAAAAAUAUACAUUUGCUGCCUCCGUGCCAUACCGGCUUGGGAGGGACAAGCUGUGAAGACCAAGACGGAUCUAAUCGCUGCCAUUCUUCUCACGCGAGCCGCAUUACAACAGUGUGACUUUGAGUUUAGUUGGAGAAUGUACAAGCUUGUGUGCCAGUGCGUGCAAACCCUCAACAUGCACAAGAUGGACCAGAGCUUUCCUGGCAUUUUGAUGAGCCCAGAACUUCUUUCAGACGGCGCAGACCAUCACAGAAAGGGCCUUUGGGGGUUGGUGCUCGUGGAGCUCUUCUUUCGGCUCCUGCACGACAAGCCUGCCACAAUGACGGCCAACUUGACUGAAUGGCGCGUUAAUCUUCCCUGGCUGAAUUCAGACCCUGGACUGACGGAGCACGUGGUACCUACAUUGACAUUCCUUGUCAAGUCGCGGUUGACGUUCCUCCUCCUGCGGUUCUUUGACAUAUUCAGCGAGGAUACCCAAGAUAAGAACAGCGUGGUCGACAGCGUUGAGGGACUCUGUGGAGAGAUUGAAGAUUUGUUUGAAGAAUGGUCCCUGAGAGAUGCUCUCACAAAACAAGAGGAUAACAGCGCCUACUGGUGGAUGCUAUACGACCUGAUGAUUACAGGAUACUCCUCCGUGAUGGUUAUGAUAUACAAAAUUGCAACCCUCAAGUCCGAUAGAUCUGGAACACUCUGCACAGCCGAUGACGUACCUGUCACCCCUUUAUCGGUCAAUACCGCCCGCCGCAUAUUGGACCUCGCACGAUUAACUCUGGAGAGGUAUCCGAGCCCAGCAACCGCAUCCUAUGAGUUUGGUGCAUUCCGUUGCUACGUCGCCUACGGCUGCAUGGUCAAUCAUCUCUCAAGCAGCAACCCCACGAAGCUUGCAGCGAAGGAUAUGAAGCUGCUGGAGCAGGUUGCCCACAGCAUGAGCAUUAUAGCAGAGACAGACAAGGACCUUUUACCGUUGGCUCGCACGCUCCAUGAUCUGAAUGAAGGUAUUCACGCGAGUUGGGAAGAAAAAACUGUGGAAAACGAUGGGAUGGCUGGUGAAGAGGGUAGCCAAGAGUAG